AUGAAGUUCUCACUCGCUGUGUUGGCACUACCAGUUGCGGUCCAGGCUGCGCACUACUCCAAGUCGGAGUAUGCCUCUGGCGCGAUUCAUCAGAAGUUGAUGAAGUUGAAGAGUGAUCAAUGGGAAGUCGACGCAGCUCAAGGCAAGCAAGACUCUCAGCAGUGGAAGUCUUUCAAGAGCUUGAAGAAGGGACCUCACGGACCCGACAAGGUCAAGCGUGUCCAAUGCAAGGACGGUCUCGCCGUUGUCGAGCAGGGCAAUGCGAACCAGACGUUCAGGUGUAACAACAUGGACCUCUACGACUUUGUCAACCACGCCGACAUGGGAGGUCCUGAAGGCCAGGGUAGCUCUUCAUGGGGUUGGACCGCUCGCAAUGGCCGUGAGUUCGGUAUCGUAGGCCAGUUCUCUGGUGCUGCGUUUGUUGAGAUCCUCAAGGAUGGUCAAAUCCAGUACAUGGGUCGUCUCCCCGCUCAAAGCGUGGGUUCGCGAUGGCGCGAGAUCCGCGUCCUGAACGACUAUGUCAUUAUCGGCUCCGAGGCCGUUGGUCACAACGUUCAGAUCUUCGACAUGAAGAAGCUUCUGACUGUCGACCCAAAGACCCCCAAGACAUUCGACCCCAAGGCCGACCUCGUUGGUCUGUUCGACGAACUGCCCAUUGGCCGCACCCACAACGUCGUUGUUGACUGGGACAACGAGUACAUCCUCGCUGUCGGUGCCCAGCCCCGAAACCAGACCUGCAAGGCUGGUCUCCAGUACAUCGACCUCAAGAACCCCAACAAGCCAACCUCGCCCGGCUGUGCUAGCCAGGACGGAUACGUCCACGAUGCCCAGUGUGUGACCUACAACGGUCCCGACCGCAAGUUCCGCGGCCGCAACAUCUGCAUCGGCUACAACGAAGACACCAUGACCGUCUACGACUCCACCAUGAAGAACGGCAACCCUGCCUCUGAGGUCAUCUCCACCCUCUCUUACCCCGGUGCCACCUACUGCCAUCAAGGAUGGUGGACCGAGCGCAACUGGCACCAGUACGUCCUCCUGAACGACGAGCUUGAUGAGCAGGAAGCUGUCGGUCCCGCUGCGUCCGGCCGCCCCGUUACCCACAUCAUCGAUCUCACCGACCUCCGCAACCCCAAGGCCACCGGUACUUUCUACGCCACCGACAGCAAGGGUAUCGACCACAACCUCUACAUUGUCGACGGCCUCGCCUAUCAGAGCAACUACGGUGCCGGUAUCUGGGUACACGAUGUCCGCAGCAUCAGCAAGGACCCCACCGGCAAGGGCGUCAAGACCGAGGGCUUCUUCGACAUCUACCCCGAGGACGACUCUGUUGGUGGAAUCGUUCAGUUCGUUGGUACUUGGUCUCACUUCUUGUUCCCCUCUGGAUACAUCCUGGUCAACACCAUCGAGCGUGGUGCGUUCACCGUCAAGCUCGCCAAGGGUCGCGGAGCUAAGCGCGGUCCUGGCUUCGGUGGAAAACGAUCCGGCAGCAAGCGCGCAAGCGGCGACGCUUCAGCCAAAAAAGUCACCAAGAAAGCGAAGCAAUCCGUCAAGACGGCUGCAAAGCCUGCGAAGAGUGAGGAGCCCGCAAGCGAAGCUCCGCAGUACUUCCGCUUCCUUGAUCUUUCUCCGGAGCUAAGGAACAGAGUCUACGACUACGCCAAAGAGGACGACUCCAACCGCUUCGCCCCACAGCUUGCUCGACAGAACCUCCCAUAUGCUUCGCGCAAAACAUAUGCAGAGCGAACCUGGAAGUUCUUCGCUCUGACUCAAGUUUGCACGCAGAUCCGGGCAGAAUAUCGUCCUCUUUGGGUUCAGCAUCUUCGUGUUGCGUUCAUGUCGACUUACUAUCUUGCCAACUUCCUCGAUACCUUUCUACCAUCUGAGAACGAACCCAAGCAAGCGCCUAAGCUGGUACAGUUCUUGUGGGACCAUGGCCACGAUGACAAGACGAAGUUUGAUCUGACGCGUAUCUUGCGCCUGCACUCGCAUUCCCCAUCAUUUCAAGUCGAAUUCGUUCCUGAGAACGUCGUACUCGGACAGAGUGUUGAUGACGACAUGUGUCACAGUUGUUUCAGGCGAUUUUAUAAGGAGGAACAGGGUCUAGAUCCAGACAGCGACGAUGACGACUGCGACUGUCCAGACUUCGAUAUGAGCAACAGCGAGUGGAAAGAGUUCAAGCACGAGCAGAUGAAGUACACUUCUGAUAUCUCCGUCUUUAUCCACAACACGACUGAAGCUUGGAUGACGGCGGUGAAAGAGGGCAAGGUGACCGUCACUUGCACUUUCUGCCAGUGGAGCCAGCAUGUCAUCUUCAGAAUCCUCUGCAAGGACCCGGUUUGUGAGACGACCACCAACUCUCAACCGGCUUGGGAUCUACUCCAGCAGUGGGGCAUUCUCGACCUUCAAGUGAACAAAGCAACGCAAUUUAUCUUGGUAUAUAACGAGGACCAUACCAUGGACCAUGAUGGUUACUUGAUGAGCAACUCAGUCGUGCGUCAGGUUCUCAUCCGCAAAGCGUACUCGGCGAGCUAG